AUGGAUAACAGCAGCUUUGGUGGUUCUUUAAUGGCGGAUGCUGAUGGGCUGUUGAGAGGAGGUUCUCACGAAACAGGUGUGAGGAGUGGUGAUUUGUACACAGAGCUUUGGAAGGCAUGUGCAGGGCCUUUGGUGGAUGUUCCCUGCAAGAGAGAAAGAGUCUAUUACUUUCCUCAAGGUCACAUGGAACAACUGGAGGCAUCAACAAAUCAGGAAUUGCAUCUGCAAAUCCCCCAAUUCAAUCUGCCUUCGAAGAUCCUUUGUCGUGUUGUUCACAUUCAGUUAUUGGCUGAGCAAGAAACAGAUGAGGUGUAUGCCCAGAUCACUUUACACCCAGAACCAGAUCAAACUGAGCCGACUAGUCUUGAUCCACCCGAACCUGAAGCCCCGAAGCAAAGAGUUCACUCUUUCUGUAAGAUAUUGACAGCUUCGGAUACAAGCACUCAUGGUGGUUUCUCCGUUCUUCGAAAGCAUGCUAAUGAAUGCCUUCCUCUAUUGGAUAUGAGCCAACCAACUCCAACCCAGGACUUGGUUGCCAAAGAUCUGCAUGGGUAUGAGUGGCGGUUCAAGCACAUAUUCAGAGGUCAACCCAGGAGGCAUUUACUUACGACUGGAUGGAGUACUUUCGUCACCUCAAAGAGAUUAGUCGCUGGUGACUCCUUCGUUUUCUUGAGAGGUGAAAAUGGGGAGUUACGAGUGGGUGUACGCCGUUUUGCACGUCAACAGAGUUCAAUGCCACCUUCGGUAAUUUCAAGCCAGAGCAUGCAUCUUGGGGUGCUUGCAACUGCAUCACAUUCUAUCACAACUCAAACCCUCUUUGUCGUGUAUUAUAAGCCAAGGACAAGCCAGUUCAUUAUCGGGCUAAACAAAUACUUAGAGGCAGUCCAACAUGGAUUUACGGUUGGUAUGAAAUUCAGAAUGAGAUUCGAAGGAGAAGAUUCCCCUGAGAGAAGGUUCACGGGUACGAUUGUUGGUGUUGAGGAUUUAUCUUCCCAGUGGACCAACUCCCCAUGGCGGUCAUUUAAGGUUCAAUGGGAUGAACCAGCAAGUAUAUUGCGUCCUGACCGGAUCUCCCCAUGGGAAAUCGAGCCUUUUGUACCUUCAGCUUCUGCAGAUGUACCACAGCCAGCUACAAAGAUCAAAAGGCCUCGACCUCUAGAUAUGCCUCUCAAUGCUCUUUGGCCUCCGAAGCAGAAAGAUAUUAGUGUGUGGUCCGCUGUGUCGCACAUGAACGGUUCUCUAAAGAGCCCAUUUCGAGAAUCUACAGAAGAGAAUAAAAAUGUGCCAGCUGUCCGGUCAAAGGAAGCUAAUUGUCUCGACCAAGUUCAAGGGACGAAAAAGUUUGAGAGCUCAUCCGUGUGCCGGCUUUUCGGCAUUGAUUUGAGGAACAAUUCUAACAAUGUCCCUGUUCCAAACAUUGUUUCUAACUGUGAAAAUUCAAACUCGACAAAAGAGAAAAAGCAAGUGCAUUUGGAGGUUCCGGUAAAUUCUUCAUCCAGAACUCGGAUAAAGGUUCAAAUGCAAGGGAUUGCUGUUGGGCGUGGUGUUGACUUAAAUUCUUUUAACGACUAUGAUGAACUUAUUGCGGAGCUUGAGAAAAUGUUCGAGAUAAAGGGGGAGCUUUGUCCUCGUAAAAAAUGGGAGGUCGUUUACACAGACAAUGAGGGGGACAUGAUGCUCGUGGGCGAUGAUCCAUGGCCGGAAUUUUGCAAGAUGGCUAAAAAGAUUUGUAUAUACUCGAGCGAGGAAGUGAAGAAGAUGAGCCCCAAAUGCAAGCUUCCUCUAACGUCACUAGACGGAACCCUCGCGGUCACGAACGUCGUUAUCCAUCCGGUUGACCCGAAGUUCGACCUGUCUGACCGUCAUGUGCCAGAUUUCCCGGCGUUACAUGCUGCCAACCCCCCGUCGUCUGAAUCGACUCGAGUCCUAAAGUGA